CAGCAGCAGCAGCAGCAGCAACAGCAGCAGCAGCAGCAACAGCAGCAACAGCAACAGCAGCAGCAAUGGCAACAGCAGCAGCAGCAGCAUCAGCAGCAGCAACGGCAGCAGCAACGGCAACAGCAGUCUGUGUCCGCUACUCUGCGGCAGAAUUCAACAAAUGGAGCCGAACACACGCAGGCUAUGGGAGCUAGCUCUUCGCGGCAGCCCCUCUAUCACCCGGGACCUUCUGCAAGUCCUGCACAACAGCCGGCUUCGACGAGCCAGAGAGCUACGCCCGACGAGAUCAGGCGCGCCAAGGUCACUUAUGGCUCCCAAGCUCAACAGCAGCCGCAGCCGCAGCCGCAGCCACAGCCACAAACGCAGGCGUCGGCCGCUGCUAUGGUGUACCAGAAGGUGUACGAUAUCUUGAAGGAGCUGAGGCCGGAGAUGGUUGACUACAUCAUCUUCGCCACACUGGAUAAUCUGAAGACGAAGCUGCCGAAUGGAUCUGUCCAAGGCCAAUCGGCUUUUCUGAAAGUCCAGAGCCAACUCCCGCCCGCUUCGGUAGAGCAGCUCACACAGAUCAGCAACUUUGUGAUACAGCAGUUGCAGGCUCUGGAACCUGCCAUAAUCAAGGCCAUAGUAAUGAAAAUAAAACAUAACAUAUUGGUGGCUGCUCAACAAGCUGCUGCACAGCCUCCUCAGACUGGGGCCCAGCCUGUUCAGGUGCAAUCACCAGCUCCCUCAGUGCAGACUGGAGGUACCCCUACACAGUCUCAUCCCACUGUCCUUGCUAUCCCACCUGUCAAUGAUGUCCCUACGAACGUCCCUGUGGCUCAGCCCAACCAACCAGUCCCGGCGCCACAGCUAGUAGUACCACCUCCACAACCAGCUCCUGCAGCUGAAGUUGUCCAUCCUGAGGCUGUCAGAAAUGAUUCUGUCAUGCAAACCCAUGAAGGUGUCCAGGAACAGCCAUCUCAAGACCCAUCAAUCACUGUUCAAUUCAAGCACUACGCUAUCCCAACUAGCCCGACUAGGCGCACAGUGUUCCCUCUUCGCCGUGCACAGGCCCCAGUAACUCCUCCACCUGCCGUUGCUACCCCGAAUACCGCGCAACCCCCGUCCACUCCCGACACCACCGGUGAACGACAGAAGAGCCCUUGGACUCCCGUGAAGGCAGAUAAGGCGCGGCUCGCGCGGGAUAUCAUGCAGUCAUUGGGACGCCCGUCGCCCCGUUCCUCCAGCUCACAGGUUCCGCCGUCUACCAGCUCACAAGUCCCUCCGUCUUCUAGUGCGCCCGCUUCGUCUGCUGGUUUGCCUCCUCCCCCGCCUCCGCCUCCGCUGCCGUCUUCGUCACAGGACUUGGUCACCGAGGAGCUCGCGAACAAACGGAAGCGCACGCCGUCGGUCACCGACUCUCCGAGUCUGCAGAAGAGGCAGAGGAUGGGAAUGGAGGUCGAGGAGAUCGCCACGGACGGCGCGCUGGAGCUUGCGGUGUGGCAGCAGACCGCGCAGCAGAACGAUAUCACGUCUACCCCUGGCUCUCAGGCAGGCUCGCCGUACAAACCGCAUGGAACCGAUGUUGUCAACGCGGCGAUACAAUCGCAGGAUCCGACAGAAGUGGUUGCUUCUGGAGUCGCUGAUAUAAACGCGCCCACGGCUCUCCCCGCCCACGAUGCACUCAACGUCCCGAACGACAUGUUCCAGCCAGAGUUCCCAUCGAUAGGCGAAUUCAUCGGCAUCCACUUAUCACAGCUGACCGGCGACCAGCAUGUUCCUCAUGCCGCGAUUCCGCAACCGCAACAGACCGAGUCUGCGCCGCAGACACCGGGAUCCGCGGCGUCUGCGCCACCCACCUCGCGCACGGCGACGCCGCCUGCCGGUGCGCUCCCGGAGCAGACGUCCCCAGAGGGUGUGGCCCAAAGCUUCGAGCCUCCGCCUUAUGCUGCUGGGUUAGCGACGCCUCGAGCUGAGGCAGGUCCGUCGACGGCGAAGACGCCGCUGUUCUUCCCCUCGCCGACAAGCGAGCACGACAACCAGGAAGCCGCAGAGGCAAGGGUGUUUGCCGAUGCGUUCAUGCAGAACGAGAACCUCGAUGGCUCGCCUCCGCGCAUUCCAGCUCGCCUCAAGGGCAAGGGCAGAGUCGUGUAUAGCGGAUCUGAGGACGAGGAGGAGAAACACCGGGCUGAUGACUCUCAGUCGGACGAAGGGGUCUCUGGGCAGCGUAAGAAGCGGGUCCCCAAGAGCGUACAGCAGAGCGAUUCGGACGUCGAAGUCGUAGAUGGACCUACGCGGUCCGCGAAGAAGGGUCCAUCCAAGAAGACUGUGGUGAACAAUGCGUACGUACUUGUCCCGCCGAUGCCGAAGUGGGCGAAGGAAUUGCGCGCGAAGGAGGAGAAGCGGAAGGCCGGGAAACGACGGGGACGCAAGCAAUCGACGCCGGAGACGGUGCCUGAGUCGGUGGACGCGGACGAGCUAGCUGCGGAUGAUGAGCUAGACGAGACAAGACUGCAAGAAGACCGGGCGCAACAGGAGGCGGUGCAGUUGUCGGUCACCCGCUUGCAUGAGUCGCCAUGUCUAUGGCGGGGGUGUGGUGCGAUCCUGAACUCUACGGAGAGACUGACGCGGCAUGUGCACUGGCAUGCUGAGGAAAAGGAACAUGCUACGACCUUCCCCUGCGAGUGGACAGGCUGUAAUCGGGAACUGGGAUCCAGACAAGCGCUACUGCAUCAUCUCGUGCGGCAUGCGUCGACGCCAAUGUUUUGCAUCUAUGAAGGCUGCGACAAGUCUUUCACGGCUCCCAAAGAACUGCUGAAGCACCAUAGAUCCGGGAGACAUCGCGAAGUGCGGUUGAAGCCUCCCGCGACGCCAUUCGCGCCUGAGACGCUCGACCUUAUCCCCCUUCCUGGUUCUAUACCGUCUUACAUGCGUAUACCGCGGCGCGUCGCGCGACAUCCAAUAUCAAGGGUGGUGCAUCAAUGGCUCUCUGCCAAGGUAUUGGAGAGCAUGACAUCGUUCCGCUUCUCAGGGAGACGAGUGCACCAUAACGCGCCAUCGCGCGGCUCACGUCGUCUGGCGGACAAGGUUGCCGCUGUGGAGAAGGAGGGCAAGACGCCCGCAGCGAAGAUCGAGCUGCUCCGGCGCAUAGCGCAGGACGAGUACAACGACGUCGCGCACGGGCGCGAGCUCAAGGCCGCUAUGCGCUGCGAAGACCUUCCCUCGUACGAGUUCACGCGGACGUGUGAAUUGGGGCUGGUGCUCUUCCCGCCCCCGGGUAUGAUGCUGCGCGAGAACAGCGUGGAAGUCAAGAGCGAGCCGGACGAGUUGGAUUUCUUGCGUAACGACAACGACUCGACGAGGAGACGCGAUGAUACUGUACCUCAAGACAAAGCCACGUUGGAGCGACACCAGGCUGUACGUCUUGGACAGCAAGGUGAAGCAAGCCACAGCGGCGCGGCUGGGAGCAGCGCCUUGGUGGAUGGUACCGGCGGCAAGUUUGCAGAUGGCGAUGUGGGAAGUGUUGGCGUUGAUGGAGAACCGCAUCUCAACGCAUCGGCACAUGUGGCCGAGGAGAGCUCACCGCUGCCUGGGUGGGAAGUCUUGCAUUCUGCGUCGAGGUCGAAGCCGACAGAUGAAGACGCAGUAAACGCGCUUCUGUAGCUAGUACCUCGCAUAUUCCGAAUACAUGGUUACGCUAUUUUUACGCCCGGA